AUGACGGUUCUCCGGCGCGCUUCGCUCGUGCGGCGCGACACGCUGCCGGCCUCGAAGAUCGGUCUCAUCGCCGGCAUCGUCGGAGGCGUGACGGUGGUGUGUCUCACGCUUGCCGUGCUGGUCUGGAAGCUCCUCUACCUGCCUAACCGGCACGAGUUCGAUGAGGUAUCUAUCGAGCGAGCGUCGACCGACUCACUCUCAUCCGAGCACCGGGGCUAUGCUGGCAUGCUGCACCGCCUGCGCCGCGCCAGCUCACCUGGCAUUGAGCGUACUCUGGCCGAACACACCCUAAAGGAGAAAGAGAAGAAGAGUACUGGUCCGUCCCUACCGCCCGGCGCCAUGGCGCCCGCAAUGCCCGGCAUUCCCGAGCAACAACCCGCAACACCUCCGAUGACACCACCAGGCAGGCCUCGCAUGCCCCGCCGCCUCACAUCACCAACUCCGCCCACGCUCGGCACGCCCAUAGCGCCCAUCUCCGAGGCGUCCUCUGCGCCCUCUACGCCCGUUGCACCCAUCACUCCGCUCGCUCCCACGGCACCGGACAGCGCACCCAUGACGCCGAUCAUGCGUCCCACCUCGCCCGAGCCCCCCGAAACACCGCCCAGAUUCCCCAAUAAGAUCAGGCACGCAGACGACUCUGAGGACCUGUCCAUUGAACUGCUUCCUCCACUCUACCGUGAGGAAUGGGCCGAGCGCCGCUCACUCCACCUCGAAGAGGCUGCCUCCGAGGUGGUCCGGAUCGAUAGUAUCCUAGUCACAUCGGCGCUCACACUCGCCGCUGAUGCCGGCCCACCCCUAAAAUCUCAAGUAGCUUAA